CUUGUUUUGUGAACUUUUUUGACAGGUAGAAACCGUGUGAAAAUCGUUUACGAACAAAGAUUCGUGAAAUAAACCCAUAAAAUUCGUUUAAUUUGUAACAGUAAUGUGUUGAAAUAAGUGAAGAACACUAUGGCAUUCUUAUGUCCAGUGAGAAUUAGAAGGGGAAAGAAGAAGAAAUCGAGCAGUGGAGACUCAGACAAAGAGUUGUCUAGGCCAGGCUCAGGGCUAAGUCCUGGCAUGGGCCGUAUUACAGGCUCAGCUAGUAUUGAGACGCUUGUAAGGGUUGGAAUUGAGAAGGAGCAUGGCCUCAGUCCGGACUCAAAAAUGGUAGUCUUGCAUGACUUUGCACCAUGUGUUGAUGAUGAACUGGAGGUAAAACGUGGCCAAAUUGUAAAUGUAUUGUAUCGAGAAAAUGACUGGGUAUAUGUGAUAGUAGCUGAAUCAAGAAGAGAAGGCUUUAUUCCACACUCGUAUUGUGCACCGUGCGAACACCAUGACCUAAAAAAGAAACUGCCAAGGAGUAGAUCUCCGACAGAUAUGACGCAUAGAGAUGUUUCACAAUUAUCAGUUUCGGACGGUGCAACAAACGAUGGUCAUUCAGAGUUAGGGAGCGAAGGUGAAGCCUGCCCUUUCAGUAAAGACCCUUCAGGACGAUAUGUCGUCCUCUACACAUUCACAGCAAGAGAUGAAAACGAUGUUGAUGUGGAAAGAGGGGAAUUUGUCACAGUGCUAAAUAGAGAAGACCCAGACUGGUACUGGAUAGUCAGAAGUGAUGGGCAAGAAGGAUUCAUACCCUCUGGCUUUGUUUAUCCUGCUGUAGUACAAGCGGCACAACAAGAAAACCCACCACAACAGAUACACUCACCGCCUUCGACGAACCCGAACAACACUAUAAUGUCGCCCAGCACCACCACUACGCAACAGGACAGCGACGGCCGGUACCACGGGACAGAGCUAGUCAUGCUUUACGAUUACAAGGCGCAAGCUCCAGACGACUUAUCAGUGAAGAGAGGAGAAUGGGUGUAUGCAGACCUUACCCAGCAAACCGUAGAAGGAUGGUUGUGGGCGCACGCACCCAAGUCGCGGCGGUCCGGGUUCAUUCCGACUGCUUACGCCAGGGCGCCGCACACCACGUCACUUUGACACUUGUAGGGUAGGAUGAGAACAGGCAAUCACAAACAUCACGGAACAACAAAGCCAUAAAAUUCGUUUCAGCCAAAUGACGUCCACUGCUGGACAAAGGCCUCCCCCAAGGUUUUCCACAAUGAACGGUCCUGCGCUGCCCGCAUCCAUUACAAUAUUUAAUAAUUGCAUAACAUUCAAAAUGUAUGUCCAAUAUGUGCAACAUAAAAUAUUUGCCACUAAUAACUUUCUGUACAAAAAAUAGGGUAGUUGGUUGAUACCACUAGUCAAUUGACACACUUUUUAGGCGAAGGACGACCUACGGAUAUAACGUCGCAAGUUAGGUAACCCAAUUGACUGAAUUUUAUUGUUUUCAAACUACAAAAAACCAAUAUUACAGCAAAAUGAAAAAGACGGUUUUCUUUAGAGCUGCUACUGAAGUGUUUUUUAUUGUAAAAGGAACUGUCUUGAAAUUAUUGGAGUCAGUCAACUACCCAUAUUUCAUAAUGGAGAAUUCAUUUGGGAAAAAGAUUUAUUGUUCACAGUAGUUCCUUUGACAGCUUUUGAAGAAAUUACUGUGACUUUAGUUCUUCUUAAGUAUUUUUACUUGAAUGAACUAGAAAUAUUGAGAGAAAAUGGAAUUUAUGCUCAAAUUCGAAAGGCCAGUUUUGAAGUACUUACCUACAUAUUUUCAGAAUUUAUAAAAAGUUGGGCGAUUUCUUUUGUGCAUCAACUUAGUUUUCUACAUAAUCUACUGAAAUGCUCAUAAAGGUUGUAUUGUAAUUUUGUGUUUAU